UGUCGAGUGGCCCAGCUGCAGCGCCGGACAAGAACUUCAACUCCCAGCAUGCCGCGGGUUGUCCUGCGCUGACGUCAAUAGCGCGACGAGAAUCUGUGGCUAAACCAUAGACUGUGGGCUAAACAGACCAAAUACGGGUGUUUUAUUAAUUCAAUUUAGAAAUGGAGUCGGAACAGCCAAAGGAAGACUGUGCUACCUCCCAGCCAACACCCACACCUCCCUCCGAGACAAAGAAGCAGAGUCAGCCUCUGUACGUCCCCAAACAGCGACUUACUGCCUCCAAAGACAAAGCUCAGACUCAGGGAGAAGUAAAGCCAAGACCCAGGCCUCGCUACACUGACAAGGCAAGAAAGAAUGCCAAGAACAAGAAGGACAAGGCUGGAGGAGAGGGUAAGUCGGCACCUGAUGGAGGUCAGACACAGAACAGCGAUACACAGCCUGAUGUGCAGGAAGAGCAGCUACAGGAUACAGAUGUGCAGGUCAAGGGGCAGCCGACUAUUGUAGAGGCAGAUGUUGCCUCACGGCUGGAAGCAAUAUCCCUUCUGGAGGAAGAGGAGGAAGAGGAGAGCUGGGAUACACUGUUCAAUGAUGAUGGCGACUGUUUGGAUCCGCACCUGCUUGAAGAGCUGGCUGUGAAGGAGGGCAGAAAGAAGAAGUCCAUCCAGGAGCGCAGGUUUGAUUAUUACAAUAUGGACCAAGAUGAUGAGGAAGACGACAUCGACCUCAGAGAGGAUGAACUCUCUCACAUCGUAGAAAUCUACGACUUUCCUGCAGAUUUUAAGACCGAGGAUCUUCUCAAGUUAUUUCAGGCCUACCAACAGAGAGGCUUUGACAUUAAGUGGAUUGAUGACGCUCAUGCCAUAGGCCUCUUCUCAAGCCCCAUAGCAGCCGGUGAAGCUUUAAGAUCCAAACAUCCACUGAUGAAGUUGCGACCACUUUCUAAAUCUUCCUCAGACAUAAAAGCCAAAGCCCGUAGCUGCUCAGACUACCUCCUGCCUGCAAAAGAGAGACCUCAGACGAGUGCAGCACUGGCUCGAAGGCUUGUGAUCGGGGCCCUUGGUGUAAAAAGCAACCAGACGAACGAGCAGCGCGAAGCAGAGAAGAGGAAACUCCAGGCAGCAAAAGAACAAAAGCGUCUGGAAGCCAAACUGAAGGAAGAUGCUUGGGAGGGAAAGUGACGGAAAACAACAACUACCCCUCAAUGAUUCAUUUGCUUUAUUCAGCAGACGCAAAACUUCUCUGUUUCUUCUUCUGCUCUGUUUCUCUCCACUGGCCACUCCUUCCUACCACCACACUUCCCAGAUAUGGAUUCCCAUGAAUUUUUCCUUUUUGCCGCUGUCCAUUAGUCGGCAGCGUUUCCUCAGAUCAGGGCGUCCUGCUACCGUUCCUGCUCCUUUAUUAUUAUUUUUGAUCAGGAAAUGUUCUCUCACCUGGACAUACUUUCAUAUCUGUAACACUGUAACUAAGGUCUGUACUGAAGCACUGAAUCUAAUCAUGUGUAAUUCAUUGAAAGGAGGAUUUUCUGUACAGAUCUAGAGCAUCACGUUUGUCAUUGUUUUAAUUUUUUAAAAAUGUUUUUUAAGAUAAACUGAACUAAUUCCAGCUGCAAGGUAAAGAUCCUGUAUUGUUUAGUCAUGAUGAUACAGUUCAUUAUGGUUUAUGAAGAUACUGUUAAGAUAAAAUUCUGUAUAAUGAUAACUUUUAUUAAACUUUUACUUCAUUUUUAAAACGUCA